AAUGGACCGGCAAUCGGUAUACACGCUCAGCCUGUUUGGCGAGGAGCAGAGUGCCAAUGGAGACUCGAGCAACAAGCAGACGCAGCGGGAACUGGUGGCCUUUGUGCUGGACUUCCAUCUCGACGGCAACUACAUCUACCGGGACCAGAUCCGCGAGAAUGUGCUGUCCAAGCAAUACUACUGCGACAUCGACAUUGCCCACCUGAUCGCCUUCAACGAGGAGCUGGCCAACCGACUGAACAACGAGCCCGCCGACAUUAUUCCUAUAUUUGAAGCGGCGCUCAAGACGUGCACUCAACGCAUCCUCUACCCCUCGCGCAGCCAGGAAGACCUCGCCCUCGCAAAAGCCCUCCCCGAACACCAACUCCUCAUCCACUCCUCCGUCUCACAGACUUCCAUCCGAGGCCUGACCGCCACCAACGUCUCGCACCUCGUCCGCAUUCCCGGCAUCGUCAUUGGCGCCAGCACCCUGAGCUCAAAAGCAACAGCAGUCCACAUCCAAUGCAGAAGCUGUCAGCACGAGACGAAUCUCGCAGUCACAUCCGGCUUUUCGGGAAUCACACUACCAAGGACAUGUGGCAGAAUAAAGGGCCCCGACGAUCAGGGCGACAAGUGCCCUCUCGAUCCAUAUUUCGUGGUGCACGAAAAGUCACAAUUCAUUGAUCAGCAAGUCCUGAAGCUGCAGGAAGCACCGGACGAUGUGCCUGUCGGCGAGCUGCCUCGUCACAUUCUGGUCAGCGCAGACCGAUAUCUGGCCAAUCGAGUGGUACCGGGCACGAGGUGUGUGGUAAUGGGUGUGUUUAGCAUCUACGCCAGCCAGAAAAACAGUAAAAACAGCGGAGCAGUCGCCAUUCGGAAUCCUUACCUUCGAGCCGUCGGUCUGCAAACCGACGCCUCCCACAAUCAAGCCACAGGCAUGGGCAUCCAAUUCAGUGAAGAGGAAGAGCAGGAGUUUUUGGAAAUGUCCAGGCGACCCGACAUCUACACGCUGUUCGCAGAUUGCGUCGCACCCUCCAUCUACGGGAAUGGAGACAUCAAAAAGGCCAUUACAUGUCUACUGCUGGGUGGCAGCAAGAAGAUUCUACCAGAUGGUAUGAAACUCCGAGGAGACAUCAACGUCCUGCUUCUGGGUGAUCCUGGAACAGCAAAGUCGCAACUCCUCAAGUUUGUAGAAAAGUGCUCUCCUAUUUCUGUCUACACAUCUGGUAAAGGGUCCUCUGCAGCCGGUCUGACGGCUUCUGUGCAGCGAGACACGACGACGCGCGAGUUCUACCUGGAAGGAGGAGCCAUGGUUCUGGCCGAUGGUGGUGUAGUAUGCAUAGACGAAUUCGACAAAAUGCGAGAUGAAGAUCGAGUAGCCAUUCACGAAGCCAUGGAACAGCAGACCAUAUCCAUUGCCAAAGCGGGCAUCACUACCAUUCUCAACUCCAGGACCUCCGUCUUGGCAGCAGCCAAUCCCAUCUUCGGGCGAUACGAUGAUCUCAAAUCACCGGGCGAGAACAUUGAUUUCCAAACCACCAUCCUCUCACGUUUCGACCUCAUAUUCAUCGUACGGGAUGACCACGACCGGAAUCGGGACGAGACCAUUGCCAAACACGUCAUGGGUCUUCACAUGGGCGGCAAGGGUAUCCAAGAGCACGUUCACUCCGAAAUCCCCGUCGAGAAAAUGAGGCGGUACAUCAGCUAUGCCAAGUCCCGAUGUGCGCCCCGACUAUCACCAGAAGCCGCCGAAAAGCUCUCCAGCCACUUUGUCUCCAUCCGAAGACAAGUCGCUCGAGCCGAGCAAGACGCGAACCAGCGAAGCUCCAUCCCCAUCACCGUCCGUCAAUUAGAGUCUCUCGUCCGCAUCACCGAAUCGCUCGCGAAAAUCGAACUCCAGCCCAUUGCGACAGAAAAGCACGUCGACGAAGCCAUUCGGUUAUUCCUGGGCUCCACCAUGGACGCCGUCAUGUCUGCAGGUGGCGACACCUCUGCAUUGGGACUCGGCGGGAAUCGAGAACUGGUCGAAGAAGUGCACAAAGUCGAAGAAGAAGUGCGUCGCAGAUUACCCGUGGGCUAUACUUCCACUUUGGCCACGUUGCGGAGAGAAUUCGUCGAUAAGAAGGGCUAUAGUGAACAGAGUUUAAAUCGCGCUUUGCAGGUCCUCGUGAGGAGGGAGAGUAUCCAGUUUCGAAGAGGUGGGACGUUGGUGCAUCGGAGUGGAUUUUGAAAUCUUCUCUCUCUUCUUUUUUCGAGAAAUCAGAGAAGGAAUUUUAUCUAUCUAUGUCCCUCUAGUGAAAUGAUGCCCUCCCUCUCUCGCGCAGGUCGUUUUGAGAGCGCAAUGCAAUACAAUCCAAUACAAUACCAC